CUAAUUUUAAAGGCUUUCUCCCACUAGCAAGCAGCCAGAAAACGCACUUUGAGCUGAAGAAAUUCAUCAGUCGGCCUCCACCGAGCAGCUGUGCGGCGCGAAUCUGCUUAAACCACAUCGAAAAUGGCGGACAAGGCAGUGACCAUCAGGACGAGGAAGUUCAUGACAAAUCGUCUCCUGUCAAGAAAGCAAUUUAUUAUUGAUGUUUUGCAUCCAGGAAGAGCUAACGUUUCUAAGGCUGAGUUGAAGGAGAAAUUGGCCAGGAUAUAUGAGGUCAAGGACCCCAAUGGCAUUUUUGUGUUCAAGUUCAGGACUCACUUUGGUGGUGGCAAAUCUACCGGGUUUGGCCUGAUCUACGACUCUGUGGAGAGUGCUAAGAAAUUCGAGCCAAAGUACAGGCUGAUCAGGAACGGUCUCGAUACCAAGGUAGAGAAGUCUAGAAAACAGAUGAAGGAAAGGAAGAACAGGGCCAAGAAAAUUCGUGGUGUUAAGAAGAUUGCGUAUCUAAGCUGCCAACCUCUCCAGCAUCAAACUCAGCCCUCUUCUAAUGCUGGACUCGUUGCUAAGCUCUGCCUUGGUCACAUGAAUAACUUGAUAUCCUCUAGGCGCUGGGGGAGGAUGGUUUUCCAGCACGUUCUGUUCAUCUACUACGACCAUCUACAUGUUCUCUUGGUGGUCAGCCUGCUCCUCGGCCCCACCAGAUCCCAGGACGGUCUGCUUAUUGGUCCCUCCGUCGGCCUGGAUGUCGAGCUCACUUUAUUUGUCUUUCUGCUGCCUGACCCCCUGGGUUCGCCACCAUCUGUCUCGAAGAUUGCCCCUGGGUUCCUGAUAGCGGCGUCAACGCCGUGCCUGACGACACCAAUUUGUUGUAGAAGUUAUCCUCUGAUCCGGUUUGAACCGCAAUCCACUGAUUUGAACUGUCUUGACGUCUUCGAUGACCUUCAAAACACCGAGAGGGGUCCCGGCAGAAAACACUCCGACGCCCAAUCGUUGGUAGCAAAUGAGGAUUUUCAGCACAUUCUGCGGGUGCAGAACACUAACGUGGACGGUAAGCAGAAGAUAAUGUUUGCCCUGACUUCCAUAAAGGGAAUUGGCCGCAGGUUUGCCAACAUUGUCUGCAAGAAGGCCGAUGUUGACAUGAACAAGAGAGCUGGUGAACUUUCUAGUGCUGAAAUUGAUAGCCUGAUGGUGAUUGUUGCAAAUCCUCGUCAAUUCAAAAUACCCGACUGGUUCCUUAACAGAAAGAAAGAUUACAAGGAUGGGAAAUAUUCACAAGUGACAUCCAAUGCCUUGGAUAUGAAGCUUAGGGAUGAUCUUGAGCGUCUCAAGAAAAUCAGGAACCACCGUGGGCUCCGACACUAUUGGGGUCUUCGUGUCCGUGGACAGCACACAAAGACCACCGGACGUAGGGGAAAGACUGUUGGUGUCUCAAAGAAACGAUGAGCUGUCUAUAUUUUCAUUUGUUUUUUUUUUUGGCCUUUUUUCUUUGCAUAUUUAUUAAGAGGAGGAUUUUUGGUUUUGAUUUUGGCUACACUCUACUUCAGUUAUCACAUUUUGGUGGGAGCUUUUGGAUAUUCUUAUGUUGUGGUAGUUUUGCUUUUCAACUAUGGAUUUUGGGGACUAGCUGUUUAUAUUAUAUCUGGCUUCGAGUGUUUUGUGUUGGAUUAGAGGCCACAAUGACUUGG